CUUAACAUGAAUAUUUAUCAUCAUUUGGUUUGUAUCCUCUUCUCAAUUUUAUUGUUUCCACACACAUAAAAUAAAACAUAAUCAUGCAGCAUGUCUGUCAUGUCAUGCGACUAGAAUAACACCAUGAGUCAGACAACAAAGGUCUUUAAUACACACUCCUCUCGUGAAAUACAUGUAAUCCAUAAGUAAUAAUCUCACGACGAAUUACUUACAUAAGUACGUACGUACAUAUUUGUAUUGGUAUCUCUUCAACCUCGAUUAAAUUUGGUUCAUACAGACAAUUGUUUUAUCAUCCUCGCAAAUAUUCGGCAGUGAGCUUUACCUUUUCAUUUGGAACCGAAUGGGUGUUGCAAAAGGAUGAAUAAAGCAUGAGGAAAGUGCAACCCAGAAGCGAAACCUCUUAUUAAAGAGAAGGUUGUGAAUUGUGUAAAGGAAAAAAAAGAGUAUAGAAUUCAGUGCUGUUUCUGUUUGCAUUCACUUCACGUCACACAAGACCAUUUUACUUUAAGCAGAGUGCACAUAUUUGAUAUUUGUAAGACACUUUUUUAGGACAGAGAAGUAGUAGUUUAAGUAAAAUAACGAAAGUAAAUACAUACGUCCAAGUAAAAUGAAAGUAUUAAAAACUUCUUCUUGUUUGCGUAAGGAAAGGCUGCAAUGUGGUAGAUAUUAUUUCUUUAAAUAUUUUUCGAGAGGAUUAAAUGUGAUAGUGUAACAAACAAGCACGAACGAAAGUAUUUAUUCAACGACUAGUCAACACUUCUACUUAUUUUUGGAAAGUUUGCAUUUAUUUAGAACAUUUAAGAAAACAUAAUUUGAACAGAACGAUGGAAUUAGGAACGUUAUGCAGAGGAAGGAGUAUCAUGGGCAGGAGUGUGUAUUAAUAAAAGAUCAGAUCAUCGCGUUACUUACUUACGUCAAACAAGUGGUGCAAGGCAAAAUGUGACGAGGAGGAGGCGAAGCAAUUUAUGUACAUUUCGAUCUUUGAACAUGCCCCGUCGUCUUCUUUACAAUCAAUUGAAUUGAUCAAUAAUAAUACAAAUACCUGACCAAUGGCUGAAUCUGCUGCUACUUAAUCGAUAUUUAUCUAUUGGUAGUACCAAUUUGGUACUUACAUACUUGCUUAUUAAUAGCAUUGUAUUAUAAAAAUCUAGUGUUAACUAGAUCUAGUCCGACACCAGAAAAUUCGUAUUCGUCGCGAAACUUAUACACAAUCAGAAAAGAAAACACGUACUUAUCCUCAACACUUAUCUACCACGAUUAAAUGAAGAAGAUUAAACGAAACCAAUGCCACAACAAUCGUCGUCGUCACAUUGUUAUUAUUAAGAAGAAAAUUGCAACCGUUCUGCUACUACACGGAUUAAUUGGCAAGCCAUCAAGGGAGGAAUUAAAGAAUUCUCAUCAGAGAAAUGGCUACAAGAUCCCAGUUGUAUAAAAUUAUCGCAAUCGUAAUCUUAUUCCUCGUAUUUCUCCAGUACCUGUACCUCUUCCCAGUUAAACUUAACUUAGGCUUUACCAGCAGCAAUCAUAUUUUUACUCCUUCAUCACUCCAAGGACAAAUUUCUUCGGAUUUCACCACGUAUGAAAAAUCACUCUUCAAUCUCAAGACUGGUCCGUUCAAUAACAAGAAACGAUCUCCAGAUGAGGGUGGAUCAACAGAGAUGAUAUCACAAGGAGCGAACAGUGCCAAUAAUAAUGACGCCAAAGAACCUUCUUCGAAUCACUCGAGAUUAAACCUUGUGUCAAUUCUCCACUUUCCGGAUAGAAAUUCAAACUUGUCUUCUACACCACCGUCUUCACCACCACCUCCUCCGAUAAGAAUCUCAUCAAUCUCUUCUUCUCUUCUUCUUGCGUCCGCCAAACCAGCAUCGAAAUCUCAGCACAAUAAUAAUUAUUAUAAUAAUACUAGUAGUAAUUACAAUACUGUUAAUGAAAGGCCUAAGAAUUCGUCCUUCUCCUUCUUGUCCGAAAAUCCACCACCAGUACUGCCUACUACUAAUUCACCUCUUCCAUUCUGCCCCACUGAACCACCCACGCUCCUCGGCUAUAUGAAAGUGGCCCUCUCGCAACCCCCAAGUUUAGCAGAUAUUGGUCGUUUACACUCUGAUAUUAGUCUCGGUGGUCACUACAAACCACCAAAUUGUACCUCUAAGGAUAAAGUCGCUCUCGUAGUCCCUUUCCGUGAUAGAGAGGAACACCUCCGCCUAUUUCUGGUCAACAUUCUCCCCUUCCUCAAAAGACAGCAAAUUGAGUUCAACAUCUUCGUGAUUGAACAGGGAACUAAGGACGAACCAUUCAAUCGAGCUAUGCUUUUCAAUGUGGGAUUCCAAGAGGCCAACAAAAGGGGAAAUUUUGACUGCUUCAUCUUCCAUGACGUCGACCUCAUACCAGAAAACGAUUACAACAUGUACAAUUGUCCAGUACAACCGAGGCAUAUGUCCGUCGCAGUUGAUAAGAUGGGUUACAAACUUCCGUACAGAAAUCUCUUUGGGGGAAUAUCAGCUUUGACCAAAGAACAUUUCAGGAAAGUAAACGGAUUCAGUAACAGUUUUUGGGGCUGGGGUGCUGAGGACGACGACAUGGCUGGUAGGAUUGCUUACAAUGGGCUCUAUAUUUCCCGACCUGCGCCAAACAUUGCUAGAUACAAGAUGCUCAAACACAAACAACAAAAGCUGAACACUCAACGGUAUCGUGUCCUUCAAAAGGGAAAGACGCGGUUCAGGUCGGAUGGGUUGAACAAUCUAAAGUACACAGUGGAACAAGUCGUCCUCGAAAACACUUACACCCUGGUGCGAGUGCAAUUGGCGAAACCAUAGCAGAAGGAGUCCCCGUCGUCGGCCUCCUCUUUCUCUUUGGUGAGAGGAGGGGCGGCGGGGCCGAAGAGUCGACCAGGAAGAAUCCGUGCCUCGUCAUUAUCUUUUCAGCGAAAGCGAUUCCGUCAAAGAAAUCUUAGGCCGGGGGACAUUCUCAAAGUGGGCCUCUUAUUGUGACCACACAUGACUGUAUCUACUUAAAACAUUACACGACGAAUAUACACACACUACUUACCAAGAUUUCGUAAUAGAUCAUCAAUCACUACUUACAAGAGAGAUGAUCCAUAUAUAAGAAUCUCCCGAAUGUUAAGUGUUCCCUGUUAUCAGAAUGACUUCCUACUUCCUUGUAAAAUUAGUUGCACUAAUUUUUACCUGCCACCAGUGAUACAUUUGUUUUAUUAUUAUUGCUAUAUUUUAUUUUCGUUGAUAGUUAUAUAAGUAAUGUUUCGGUCUUACUUAUUUUAUAACAACGUCUAUUCAUCCAGUGAAAGUAUUAUCAUUUUGAUGCUCUCAACAUUUUCGUAUGUAUUUACAUACAUACAUGUGUCCCCCUCACUCACUUUAUGACUUUGAAAGAAGACUUGUGGAAAAUUAUGUAUGCCAUUUUUCUGUCAAUUGAUGUUGUUUAUUAUCCUAGUGUAUUCCUUGUUAAAGUUGCGUUGAAACAUUUAAAGUUUUAUUGGCUCACUCGAUAAGUAUGUAAUGUGCAGAUUAAAAUAUUACAAUCAACAAUGUGCUCCGCUUCAGUAGAAGUGGUAGUGAAAUCAUGUUAAAUACAUUAGUCUGACAAAUUGCGAAAAGAAAACAAUAAAUAAUUGCAUAGAAUAAUAGAAA